AUGAACGAACAAACUUUAAAUAUUAAAUUUGUGCAGGAAGUGGAAAAGUAUCCAUGUUUAUAUAAUUACACAUUAGGAGAUUACUCAAGAAAGGAUGCAACAGAAAAAGCUUGGAGUGAAGUGGGAAAAAUAUUUAAUUUGACACAUAGCCAAUGUAAAGAAAAAUGGAAAAAUUUGCGUGCGGUUUUCGUCCGGCACACAAAACCAGCUCCGAGUGGAUCUUCUUCAAAAUAUAAGAAACCGUAUUAUUUGGCCGAUGCGAUGCAAUUUACAAUCCCAUACAUAAAAGCUCUGAACAAUACCAUGUCAGGGAAUCUUCCUCAGGCAGCAGUUAGGGAAGUGACGGGCCAAAAAGAUAACGAUGAAGCAAAUGAGUCGCAAUCCAUAUUACAACAGAACAUCUCAUUACCUCAAAACGUGUCAUCACCAACAGAAGACAUGGCAUCACCCAUGUCAAGCCCUCUGCCUGAAUCUUCUCUUAUAUCUAAUCAACCACUCUCUCCCAUGUCAUGCCCUCUAUCCAGAGCAACUGUUCCCAGUACUGACACCGGCUCUAAUCGUCGUAAAAGAAAACCAUUGUCAACUGCCGAUGAUGCUAUUAAGGAAUACUUCAAAGCCAGAAAGGCUAAACUUGAAAAAAAGUCUGAAGACAUAGAAGAUCCUAAGCGAAUGUUUUUACUAAGCUUAUUACCAGACAUGAAAGCAAUGUCCGAAAGUCAAACGAGAACCUUCAAGCGACGAGUGCUGGCCUUAGUGGAUGAAAUUUUAGAAGAAUCUCCGAGCACUUUGGCACCACCACAUCAAUAA